AUGCCUCGCCAUCACCAUCUCCUCCGCCGGCACCCCACAGCUCCAGAAGAAUCCCCCUCCGAGUCCACUCAACCACGCCCAAGUAGAUCACGACUGGGCCAACAUGCAGCGGCACAAUCUCAAUUCCAGACACCACCGUCGCAAGGCAUUCCCCAGCUCCAUCCUUCAUCAGGACCCAUCCAGCCGGUCGAACCAGCCCAUCCAGCCGCCGCCGCGCAGGCGGCUCUCUUCUCCCUAUUUGGCCGAGGAGUCGCAGGACGUCCACGCCCGCAGAUGAUGGAAGACGACGGGGAAGAAGACGACAGUCAAUUCGAAGACGAAGAUGAGCACGACGACUUCAACUCGCAAGAGAACGCAGACCACGAAGCCCAGCUCUCCGAAGAAGACAUGGACGGGAUGGUCGAGGAUGACCUCGAGGUAAUAGACGAGGACGACGACGAGGUCAUGCACGAUCGAGCAAGAUCACCAUCCCCGCUCCCGAGCAACCUCCGCGAAAUCUCCUCUCUCGCCUCAUGGACUGUCUCGACCCACAAACCCGGCUGCGGCGUUUCAGCCCUGCGACACCCAUCGCCGACACAGUACUGGCAAUCCGACGGCCCCCAGCCACACACCCUCACCCUGCACUUCUUCAAGCUCGUCGCCGUGGUUAAAAUCCGCGUGUACCUCGACUUUGACCUGGAUGAGAGUUACACACCCACGAAGAUGACGUUUCUAGCCGGUAUGGGCGGGAACGAUCUCGUCGAGUUUGCGACAUGGGAAGACGAGACGCCGUGCGGGUGGGUUGACGUACCGUUAGAAGGCGUGGGCGGACGGGACGGCGGCUGGGUGCGGAAGAAGCGGCGGAAUCGGGCGCGGAAAGGCGGGACGGGGAAGUCCUCUGCGUGGCCGGACUACAUGUUUUCGGAUACGGAGAACCCGGCGGAGUUCAACCUGGCUGCGUAUGAAGACGACGAUGAGGAGACGGCCGUCGAAGACGACGAGGAUGAUCCGUACGCGGGAAGUGUGCUGAAGGCGAUGGUGAUCCAGAUGCGCGUGAUGGAGAAUCAUCAGAAUGGGAAAGAUACCCAUGUGCGCGGGUUCCAGGUCUUCGCGCGGGAUGACGAGCGUCGGCGGAUUGGCAAUGCGCCGUCUGCUUCUGCUGAUGGACGGAUUCGGCGGCAUAGUAUGCGGAAGUCGCUUCGUGGCGCGGCGGACGAUGGGAUGGAUGGGCGUGGUAGUAUUCAUGGGGAUGCGGACCCGGACAAGGUUGCUGCUUUAGAAGAGCCAGACUGGAUGGGGGAGCCUGUCAUUCGGUAG